AAACCAGUCUAAAUAAAUAUAAAUAGAUCGAAUAAAUAAAUAUAUAUGUAUAGAGAGAGAGAGAGAAUCAAGCAGUUAGGGCAGCAACCAUUAUUUACCACACCUGUGAUGCGCUGUUUCUGAGCAACGAAGACGCACAGCGGGGAUACCGAUGGGCAAAGUACCGGACGGGGGUGUUUAUUGAAAGAUCACAUUGACGGGGAGGCGCUGGCAGGAGAAGCCAGAGCUGCGCUUCGGACAUACGAAACAAACAGGCUAGUUUAAAAUUUGUUGACCUCCUCCUUUGUUGAAACUUCAGCUUGAUGAUUACCAUGCUGUUACAUCUGGCCCCCUUUGUCGUCGUGAGGUCCGGAGUAAUGCUGGUGGGCAGCCUGCUUCUUUUCGCAAGAUUUACCUGCAUUGGUUCACAGCAUGUCGCCACGGUGACAAACCCCCUCCCCGCGGCAUUCUCGGACCUCUUGCCUCACUUCCUGGUCGAGCCGGAUGAUGUAUACAUAGUGAAGAACAAGCCUGUCACUCUCACCUGCCGCUCUACUCCAGCCACACAGAUAUACUUCAAGUGCAACGGGGAGUGGGUGCAUCAAGACGACCAUCUGAUUGAGCGCACAGUGGACCCUGCCACAGGUCUGCCAGUGAUGCAGGUGAAGAUUGAUAUCUCUAGGCAACAAGUGGAGAAAAUCUUUGGUCUGGAGGACUACUGGUGCCAGUGUGUUGCUUGGAGCACUACAGGAACUCAGAAGAGCCAAAAGGCAUAUGUGCGGAUCGCCUAUCUGAGGAAGAAUUUUGAGGAGGAGCCACUGGGUAAAGAGGUAGCGCUGGACCAGGAGGUGCUGUUACGCUGCCAGCCCCCAGAGGGCGUGCCCACCGCUGAGGUGGAGUGGCUAAGGAAUGAGGAAUUGAUUGAACCCACAAAUGACCCCAAUUACUUCAUCACCGUGGACCACAACCUGAUCAUCAAACAAGCUCGGCUAGCAGAUACAGGGAACUAUACCUGCGUGGCCAAAAACAUCGUGGCCAGACGCAAGAGCUCCUCAGCCACCAUCACUGUUUAUGUCAACGGCGGCUGGUCCACGUGGACAGGGUGGUCGGCUUGCAGCGCUACCUGUGGCCGAGGUUGGCAGAAGAGGAGCCGAAGCUGCACCAACCCUACCCCCCUGAACGGAGGGACCUCCUGCGAGGGGCAGAAUGUCCAGAAAACCAGCUGCACUGCACUAUGCCCAGUAGAUGGAGGCUGGAGCGAGUGGAGCAAGUGGUCGGCCUGCGGAGCAGACUGCACGAUGUGGAGGAGCCGUGAGUGCAGCCAGCCCACACCCGGGACCGGCGGCAAGGACUGCCAGGGCGUAGACCUCCAGUCGCAGAACUGCACCAGUGAGCUCUGUCCACAGACUGUGUCAGGCCCGGAGGACGUGGCCUUGUAUGUGGGCAUCGUGGCCGUGGCUCUCUGUCUGACGCUGCUCCUCAUCGUGGUGGUCCUGGUUUACCGGCGUAAGAAAGAGGGCCUGGAUGCCGAUGUGGCCGACUCCUCCAUACUCACCACUGGCUUCCAGCCGGUGGGCAUCAAACCGACCAAGCCAGAGAACUCCCAUUUGCUUACCAUCCAGCCUGAUCUCACCACAACCACAAGCAGCUAUCAAGGUAGCCUCCGAUCGCGACACGAGGCAGCCAGCAAGUUCUCGGUGACCAACGGCCCUCUUCUAGACCCCCUGCCUAACAGCUCCCACACUCUUCACAAUGGCAAACUGCCAUCGGAUCCUGCGGACUUUAUGAAUCGCCUCUCCACUCAGACCUACUUCAAAACCCUGCCCCGUGACACUGCCAGCACCUCUUACGGCACUUUCAACUUCCUUGGAGGACGGCUAACUUUACCAAACACAGGAAUCAGCCUGCUUAUUCCCCCUGAGGCAAUUCCCAGAGGGAAGAUAUAUGAGAUUUAUCUGACUGUUCAGCGGAAGGAAGAUGUACGAUUACCUUUGGCUGGCUGCCAGACACUGCUGAGCCCCAUUGUGAGCUGCGGACCGCCGGGUGUGGUGCUGACCCGGCCCGUCAUCCUUAGCAUGAACCACUGCUCGGAUGCUAACCCCGAAAACUGGGCCAUGAGGUUGAAGAAGCAGUCAUACGAGGGGACUUGGGAGGACGUGCUACAGGUGGGGGAGGAGCUGCCGUCUGACCCUUACUACUGCCAGCUGGAAGCGGAGACGUGCCGCGUUUUCACAGAGCAUCUGGGCCGCUUUGCCCUUGUGGGGGAGUCGCUCAGCAUGGUCGCUGCCAAACGGCUCAAGCUGGUUUUGUUCGCACCUGUCUACUGCAGCACACUGGAGUACAGCAUCCGCGUCUACUGCAUGGAUGACACCCAGGACGCGCUGAAGGAGGUGAUGCAAAUGGAGAAGCAGUUGGGCGGCCGGCUGAUUGAUGAGCCCCAGGUCCUCCUCUUCAAAGACAGCUACCACAACCUACGCCUGUCCAUUCACGAUAUGCCCCGAGCCCACUGGAGGAGCAAACUGAUGGCUGGAUAUCAGGAGAUCCCCUUCUACCACAUCUGGAGUGGCUGCCAGCACAGCCUUCACUGCACCUUCACCCUGGAGCGCCUCAGCCUGAACACGUGUGAGCUCACCUGCCAGCUCUGCGUGUGGCAGGUCGAGGGGGAGGGCCAGAGCUUCAGCAUCGACUUGAACAUCGCCAAGGACAGCCGACCCCUGGACAGUGAUUUCUUGGUUUUGGACAACAGUGCCCCAGCUCUAGCAGGCCCCAGUGCAUUUCAGAUUCCAUACCUGAUCCGGCAGAAGAUCUGCGGCAGUCUGGAUGCCCCCUGCCCCCACGGAGCUGACUGGAGGCUGUUAGCACAGAGACUCAAACUGGAGAGGCACCUCAGCUUCUUUGCAUCUAAAGCCAGCCCCACCUCAGUGAUCCUGGACUUGUGGGAGGCCCAGCACUUCCACAGCGGCACCCUCAACCAGUUGGCUGCUGUCAUGGCUGAGAUUGGGAAACAGGAAGCCAUGAUCUUCCUGGUGACAGACGGAGAGUGCUAGUACAGGAAGAGGUGUGACCAACCCAGCCAGGACAACGAGGGGGUGGAGGAUGAGAGAGUUAAAAAAGAGCACCUGUGUAAAUGAAGGAUAUAUAUACAAAGGGAUCAUCACUCCAGUGUGCCCCUGUGUCCUGUUCACAAAUGAACUAAAACCCAAGUUCCAUGCAAUGCCAUCUGGGGUAAUUAUUUUAAUGUGUUGUUAUCAAAGCGAACCAUUUUUUCCAUGACUCAGACAUUUGAAAGUGAUAAAAAAAUUCAGCAGUCCUUUUUUAAAGGAGGUUAAUAAGUUCGUUGUAUAUCCGUUCUGCUUUUGACACAAGACUUAGGUAAUGACACAUUGGGGAUGUUUCACAGAUUAUGCAUGUAAAACAUGAUUCAGAGAAGCCGUAAAAGAUUACACUAAUAAGAUGUCCCCUGGUUAACUGAAAAUCUUGAAUAAAUAUUAUGUAAGCUUUAAUAUAUCAUUUAUUUUCAUUUAAUGACAACAGUCUUCACAGGUAUUCCAAGGUAUUGUUAAAUUCAGAAGGUUCUGUUUUUGUCAGAAUAUACUGAUAAUAUUUUAAAUUAUCGAUAUAUUUAAAUGUGUUUUUUUUACCAUAAUGUCAAUUACAUUUAUAAUGACCAUUUACAAAAACAUUUUAAAUUACAAAAUAUCUACCCGGGACGGCAUGGUGGUGCAGUGGUUAGCACUGUUCCCUCACAUCUCUGGGUCCCGGGUUCGAGUCUCCGCCUGGGUCACAUGUGUGUGGAGUUUGCAUGUUCUCCCCAUGUCGUCGUGGGGUUUCCUCCGGGUACUCCGGUUUCCCCCCCACAGUCCAAAGACAUGCAGAAGCUAAUUGGAGUUACUAAAUUGCCCAUUGCAGAGGCUAAUUGGAGUUACUAAAUUGCCCAUAGGAGUGCAUGCGUGAGUGAAUGGUGUGUGAGUGUGCCCUGCGAUGGGCUGGCCCCCCAUCCUAGGUUGUUCCCUGCCUCGUACCCAUUGCUUCCGGGAUAGGCUCCGGACCCCCCCGGCGACCCAGUAGGAUAAGCGGUUUGGAAAAUGGAUGGAUGGAUGGAUGAAUGGAUGGAUGAAAAUAUCUACCUGCAUCAGAUACUGUGUUUUCAAUCAUAUUCUUUUCAUUACCAUAAGUUUAAUCAUUUAAAAUCGAGAAAGUGUUCCGUACCAACACAUCAAAGUAAAUUUCAACAAACAAUGCACACUUCAGGUAUCCUGUAAGCUAAGUGUGAAUGCAUAAAAGCAGCUCUCUCGAAAUUUUGUAUAUUAGACUUCCAUGUGAAGUAUACCUUAACGCUUAGCAGUGCACUACUUUGUGCACCAAAGGGAAAUACCUAAUGUUCGUAUUCAUAAAUAUUACCAUGACAUUUAUAUUAUAGCGCGUAUUAAAAUGAUCAGUGAAGCAAAUAAGCAAAUAAGAAGAUAUGAAGCAUCUGUCAAUUAUAAUGAAUCGGUUUAUUAAUAUCAGUAGUAACAAAAAUAAAGGUCAACUGUCUGUUUUGCAGAAGGAUUUUUUUGUAUAUUUUUGGUAUAUAUAGUGAACAAAUUAUGUGCAGUGAUAAAAGAAAAUAAUGUACAAUAUACAGAAUUUGACAGUAAACGGUGGUUUGAUGCUGUGUUUGAUGUUUUUCCGUCAUACAUCAAAAGCUACGUGCAUUGAUCCUUAGACACAAAAUAAAUUGCACCUUUGGGCUUCAAAAAGGUCUGUGAAACACCCCCACUCUGAACAGAAAAGCUUUACCCAAUGGCAUUUCGCAUGUCAGUACUGUUUUUUUUUUUCUUAUAUCAUAUGAAGGUUUCCUUAUGUUAAUGGUUAAAAUGGUUAAAUGUGCACUUCGGACAAUGAUUGGAAUUUUGUAUUAUUUCAAAAACAUUUUUUUUAUUACUUCUUGGGCACAUCAGUUGUAAAACUCAUUAAGGCCUAUUAUACUUUUAGGUCCACUCUUUUUAUGAGGACAUUUGUACCAAAAUGAAUUUAUACAAUUUUAAUUAUUUAUUGAGUGUGGUUGCUUUCGGAAUUCUAAUACUAGCCCUUUUGUUUUCUUGCAGUAUAUUAUAAAAGACGCAAAUUCUGAAACAAAAAUAUUCUGCGCCUUUCAAUCCGCUGUAGCAACCCAUUUUAACAUUGAAACGCUAUCUUAUCAAAUGCUUUUGUUUGCUUUUCUAUAUAUUUUGUUUAUUUUCUAAACGUAGCUUUUGGACUUUAAGGUAUCUAGUACACUUUUUCAAGUGCAAAUAUAAAUUUAUGAAUAUAAAUUUCUUUUUUGAUUGCAUAAUUCCUGCAGGGACAAGAUGUAUUACACAAGAAAAUGGCCAAAAGGAAAGGGGGGGGGGGGGGGGUUCAGAUUCUUGCUUUAUCCUUCUUUAUCAAUACUUCAUAGUGAGACCCAGGCUGAAAUAAAUGAAAGAAAACAAGAUAAUUUCUGUGAAGAAUCACUGGUGCAUUAUAUUUCUUUGAUUUCAUCACCUAACUAAAUAUAUAUCUCAAAUUAGUAGCAGAAUAUAUUCUGAAUACAAGGCCAGACUGUUUUAUUUUGGAUGUGGAGCCUUUAUGAACAGACCUGCUAAUGGGAAACGGAGACGAAAAGAAAAAGCAGGCAGUCUUUAUGACACUGAUGACACGUCAGUGGCAGGUAGAACGGCCGAUCAAUCGCCAUGGGAGGGGCCAUUUCAUGCUGGGGUGGAGCUUGACAUUUACAGCUGCUCGAGAGGCGCUUAUUCCGCCACAGGAGAGAAUGAAGCGCUUUUCCGCACACGUCUUAUUUACUCCUGUAUGUCGACAGCACUUACGUCACGCCCCUACGCUUAACCAAGGAGUGUGCAAAGAAUGUUCUGUCCACAUAGUUUACACACAACAUAGCUUUGGUUAUUAAGACCAAAUUAUGAUUCAUAGAUGAAAACAUUAUUGAUACUGCUUCAUGUAUCAUUGAUCACGCCCAACCCACCUGCUCUAUUCAACAUCAAUUGACAGAAGGAUCUUUAUCAGUGGCCAUUUCUAUGUCUAUGUUUCAAAAGCAGUAGUAUGUUUUGCUUCAGACCCAUAGGCUAUAGUAUGGUUUAACAACGUCAAUUGUUUGGUUUAGUGUACAAGUCCAGAAAAUGGGUAAAUGUGUCGAUAUGCACUAUAUGUACUUUUAAACAUUAAAAUACAUCAGGACAUCAUAAAAUAAAGAGGAAAAUAUAUUUCAACAAUCACUAUAUUAAACAUCUGUUAUUAAGUUUUAUGUAUCAGGUCCUUAUGUAACUUGUAUGGUCAUGUCAGUGUUUCAGCAGUUUCUGUGUUGUUUCUGUAUGUGAACUUGGAGAAGAAUUCAGGUGAAAAAUUUCAUAUACAUGACAAACUUUUUUUUGCUACGUUUCCAAGUCUUUUGUUAUCAUUAACAGAGAAACUCACUGUAUAUUGCAACUUUUGGGUUUUGUGCUAAGCAUGGGUGUUGAUUUGGGUUUGGAUGGCAGGCACAAGUCCUUACCAAUAUUGGAGGUCCGUGUGUGUUUGGGGGGAGGGGGAGGGGCUAAUUUGGUCCCUACCAUUGCUGAAACCAAACCUAUGCCUGCGGAGAAAAACCUCUUUUAAAAAGCCCCAGUUGCAGGGGCAGUAUGACCUGAAAUAAUUUUUAAAAUGAUAUUUCAUAGAAAUUAUAAACAUGUUUAGUCCAAGGCUCAGAUGUUGCGUCACUAAAGGGAAUAUAUUGACUACUAUUUGGGAAAUGUACAGCAAUGGCACUGGUGCCCAUUGGAAGUCUUUGCAUUUUUUUGCCACUCUGGGAUUGAAAGGACUCCUUUCUGAAGUUCCUAUGCUUAUCGCACUUUAGAUAAAAUUGCAUUGGAAAACAGCCAGAAGACACAGCAAGCGAAAUGUUCCCUUUGUGCAGAUUUUAUUAUCCACUUGGUUUUUUUUUCCCAUAGACAAAUGACAUUUUGUUUCACUGUUCUGUAUAUAUAAUUAUUUAAAAUCAGAACAUUUCUAUACAAAGUUGGGAACCAAAGUUUUAUUAGAUGACAUUCGUUUAGUGUCAGUGUCAGAGAUAAUUACCCACAAGCUUUAUUCAUUCAUAAGCAGAUGUAAGAAAUUGGAAAUCUACCUAUAUAACGCUCUGACCAGAUUUUAUUUGCAUACCAUUGCAUCAGCAGACAGCUCACACACAAUUGUUUUCAGUUUAUCCAUGUGAUUUUAAAGUCAAAUGUCAUGACAACACUUUCAUAUCAGUCUUUAUACCAGUAACGUACCGUAAUAAAGUUCUUUGUAAAAGACAUGUAAAAUGCUAUUUUAUUAUAGAAAGUUAUAACCAAAAGGAAAAAAAAGAAACUGGUACAGUGUUUGUCAAAGCAUAACCUGUGAAGUAUUUGCAUACUGUUCAUUGGAGAUAUUCUGCUUUAUCAAUGAUUUCUGCCAUGUUGAGGGUUUACACUGUCCUGAAAAAAUCUUGUGUAUGUUUUUUUGUUUGGUAUUAUGUUGAAUUGCAUAUCUGUUAGCGUGACGCAGGAUUUUGACUAUUAUACUAACAGAAAUAGGACAGUAGACCAGAAUACUGCUUCUACCUGGAGAAUCGCUUAAGCCAUAAAGGGAAGAUUUUUUGUAUUCCAUACAUCUAGUAAUACAUGCAUAUAUACACAGAAAUACAUAUCAUGCAAAACAGAGUAAUAUCAGCAAAAAAAAAAAAAAAACUCAUUUUUUGGCUUUCCAGUAAAAACACAAAAUAAGUUCUCAGAUAUGUACACUCCCCAUACUGUAGGAUAUCAUUAAACAUACAUGGCAAAUUCGGCUAAGCUAAGCAUUAGAACACUCUUAGUACCUGCUGGUAGCAUUCUUGACAUUCAGUAUAGCUAAACACCUUAAGAGAAACUUUCAAGAAAUUAGGAAUCAUACAUUUUAGCCAGUGAAACUAAAAGCUGACUGACUAUACAUUUCACAACUGCAUUCAAAGGUUUUAUGUAAAGAAUGUGCAUUCCCCCCAAUUGAUUUUUAUUUCAAACUGAUAACUGUAUUAGCGAAUGUUUCUUAAAUCAAAAAUUUCCUUGCCUUUCUGUAAGUCAAAAAUGCUGUACUUAUUACAUGCCACAGCUUAUGCAAUUGUACUAUUUUUUUCUACGUUUACCUUCCUUCUUCUGACAAUGUAAAUUACAUGUCGUAAAAAAAAGUUUUGUGGAAGUGGAAAAUCUGUCGAAGGAGAUUUUCUGUACUUUUCAGACAAUAUUAUGGAUUUGUGGGUAGAAUUUUGAAAAUUCGUUUCUAAGUGCAUUCAAGAUUUUAC